AUGAGUACGGACGCGGAGAUGCAGAUUUACGGCAAGGCGGCCAUCUAUCUCCGUAAACCCGAGAAGGAAAGGAUUGAGGCUCAAACCGCUCCCUUUGAUGCCAAGAGCGCCUGCUACGUGGCUGAUGUCAAGGAGUUGUACCUCAAGGCUACAAUUGUCAAGAAGGACGGUGCCAAAGUCACAGUCAAGGUCUUGGACACUCAGGAGGAGAAAACAGUUAAAGAAGAUGACGUCUCUCCCAUGAAUCCUCCCAAGUACGACAAAAUUGAGGACAUGGCCAUGAUGACCCACCUCAAUGAAGCAUCUGUGCUUUAUAACCUCAAAGAGCGUUAUGCAGCAUGGAUGAUCUACACCUACUCUGGGCUGUUCUGUGCGACUGUCAACCCCUACAAGUGGCUGCCAGUGUACGACAUGGAAGUCGUCAAUGCCUACAGAGGCAAGAAGCGUAUGGAGGCUCCACCCCACAUCUUCUCCGUCUCUGACAAUGCUUUUCAGUUCAUGCUUUGUGAUAGGGAGAACCAGUCUGUCUUGAUCACCGGAGAAUCUGGUGCUGGAAAGACUGUGAACACCAAGCGUGUCAUUCAGUACUUUGCCACAAUCUCAGUUGGUGGUGGUGAGAAAAAACAGGCUUCAAAGAUUCAGGGUUCCCUGGAGGAUCAGAUUAUUGCAGCCAACCCUCUGCUGGAGUCUUAUGGUAAUGCCAAGACUGUGAGAAAUGACAACUCCUCUCGUUUUGGUAAAUUCAUCAGAAUUCAUUUCGGCACAACUGGUAAACUGGCUAGUGCUGAUAUUGAAACCUAUCUGCUGGAGAAGUCUAGAGUGACAUACCAGCUUGAACAGGAGAGAGGCUACCACAUCUUCUUCCAGAUGAUGACCAACCACAAGCCUGAGAUCAUUGAAAUGUGUCUCAUUACAUCCAACCCAUACGACUUCCCCAUGUGCAGCAUGGGUCAAAUUACUGUUGCUAGCAUUAAUGACAAAGAGGAGCUGGAUGCAACUGACAAUGCCAUUGACAUCCUGGGCUUCAACGGUGAGGAGAAGGUGAGCAUCUACAAAAUGACAGGUGCUGUCCUCCACCACGGAAACAUGAAGUUCAAGCAAAAGCAGCGUGAGGAGCAGGCUGAACCUGAUGGCACAGAGGUGACCCGUACCUAUACGCCCGGUGAAAAGAAGAUCGGGGACAAAACCGUUCGUGUGUUCGACACUCCAGGAGUUUUUGACACAGACCCAAAAAGCACUGCUCUGGGUGAAGAGUUGUACGAUUGUAUUGAAGACUGUGCCCCGGGGCCCCAUGCUUUUGUGCUGGUGCUCAGAGUGGACAGGUUCACAAAGGAGGAGAAAGAUGUGGUCAGUAAAAUACAACAUUAUUUCUCUGAGGAAGCUCUGAAAUACACCACUGUGGUUUUCACUCAUGGAGAACAACUUGAGGACGGGCAGAAGAUUGAAGAUUGGUAUCAAGAGAAUGAAGCUCUGAGGUCCCUGGUGCAGAAGUGUGGAGGUCGCUGUCACGUGUUUGAUAAUAAAUACUGGAACAACAGCAAGGAUCCAUACAGGAACAACACAUAUCAGAUCAAACAGCUGCUGCAGACCAUUGAACACACUGUGGAGAAGAACAGAGGAGGCUGCUACACCAAUGGCUUCUGGCAAGAUAUCAAAUACAUGAGAAUAAAAGGCGUCCUGUUAAGACACAUUCUGUUAAGAAUGCUGGGUGUUUUUGACACAGACCCAAACAACACUGCUCUGGGUGAAAAGUUGUACAAUUGUGUCAAAGGCUGUGUCCUGGGGCCCCAUGCUCUUUUGCUGGUGCUCAAAGUGGAGAGAUACACGUCACAGGAGGAGGAGGUGGUCAAAGAAACACUGAGUUAUUUCUCUGAGGAAGCUCUGAAAUACACCACUGUGGUUUUCACUCAUGGAGACCAGCUUGAUGACGGGCAGAAGAAGAUUGGUAUCAACAGAAUGAAGCUCUGA